AUGGCGACCAAUGAAAGUCUUAGUUAUGAUAAUGGUGAUAUAAAUCGCAUUUCUCGUGAUUAUGCGGUAAUGAGAUUGGAAAUUAUGGAACAAUCAGACCUAUUGGGAUUUUCUGAAGUAGACUUUAAGGAUUUGGCAAACGAAUUUCAUAUAGCACAAUAUAAAAAAUGUGCUUCUAACUUAAAUAAUAACAAUAGUGAGCCACAGACAUCUGUGAAAUUACCCAAGAUCAGUAUUAAACCUUUUGACAGUACCAUAGACAAUUGGAUUUCAUUCAUACAAUUGUUUGACUCUCUAGUUCAUAAUAGAACGAAUAUAUCGAAUGUAGAAAAAUUACAUUAUUUGUUGUCAAGUGUUCAGGGUAAAGCUUAUGAAUUGAUUAAAAAUUAUCCUGUUACGAAUGAAAAUUAUAUGAAUGCUUAUGAAACUCUUACGAAGUAUUAUAAUAGACAGCGACAAAUCGCUACAAUUUACUAUGAAAAAAUGUUAUAUUGUGAACCCAUUAAAUUUAAAUCAAGUUCCGAACUUGAACGUAUUUAUCGUACAUUUUCAGAAAAUUUAGCCAUAUUAGAAAAAUAUAAAUUGCCAGAUAAAAAUUUUAUGCUAUUCUAUUUGUUGUGGUCUAAACUUGAUAAAGUUACAAAGGAAGCAUUCCAACUUGAUCAGAAUACAGAGGAUAUUCAGGAUUCUAUUCCUAAGUUUGAACAUUUACAAAAGUUUAUUGAGAAGCACUAUAAAGCGUUACAAUUGCCUAUAACUAAAACACAGCAGUCUAUAAGCGGUAUUGGUCAUUCUACAGCACAACCACUUGGGUCAUCGUUUUGUGAAAUUAAACCGAUAAACUCUUCAUCACCAUGUAAUUUUAAUUUAAAGGCUUUAGUGUUAUCGUCGAUUUGUGCUCAUCAACCAAGCCAGUAUAUUAAUUCUGCAGAUUGGUCUCACAUAAAUAAAUUAUCACUUGCCGACUCUGACUUCGAUCGUCCUGGUCCAAUUGAUAUGCUUUUAAGCGCUGGUGUUUUUGCUUCUGCACUGCUCCCUGGUUUAAGAAAAGGUAAAGUAGGACAACCACGGGCUUUGCGCACUGUAUUUGGUUGGAUUAUUAUGGGUGAGUGCAACUCAGCUGAUAGUUGUCAAAAUCGAAACGCGGAUUGUUAUUUCGUUACAAAUAAUUCCCAGUGUAAUAUUUCGAACUUGUCGUUAGAUAAUAAUAUUAAAAGAUUUUGGGAGAUAGAAAAUGUCACAUCUUCUUCAAAAUUGUCGAAGGAAGAUCAGAUUUGUGAACAAUACUUCGUUAAAAAUUCUCAUCGUAAUCAUGAAGGGAGGUUUAUUGUACCCUUACCUUUCAUUGAUCCUAAUAAUAAACCCAUCUUCUCAAAUUCGCGGGAGAUAGCUAUGAGAAGGUUUUUGUCGCUUGAAAAUAAAUUAAAAAAUAAUUUUGAAUUUCGCCAGCUAUAUACUUCUUUCAUGGAAGACUAUGAGACAUGUGGUCAUCUUAAAGAAGUCAAUGUUCCAAUCAGUAGUGUCGGCGAAUUUUAUUAUAUCCCUCAUCAUGGUAUAUUACGGCCUGAAUCAGUUACAACUCCACUUCGUGUCGUAUUUGAUGCCAGUGCAAAAGAUGCUAAUAAUCUGUCCUUAAAUGAUACUCUUUUGCCUGGUCCUAAGCUUCAAUUAAAUAUCACUGAUUUAUUAUUGCGUUUUCGUUGGCACUCUGUAGUUUUCACAGGUGAUAUUAAACAAAUGUACCGUCAAAUAAUGGUUUCUGAUAAAGAUUCGGAAUAUCAGCGAAUUCUGUGGCGAUCUUCACCUGAUGAACCUAUUCGAGACUAUAAACUCCUUACAGUCACGUAUGGCGUGUCGUCUGCUCCUUAUCAAGCGCUGCGUACAAUUGCUCAAGUGGCUGAAAACUCGGCAACGGAAUUUCCAUCGGGAUCCGCUGUGUUGAGUCGUGAUAUUUAUGUGGAUGAUGUGGUAUCAGGAGCUGAAUCUGUCGAAAAGGCUUUAAGCAUAAGAUCGGAAUUGACUAAAAUGUUGUCGUCGAAUGGGUUCCAUUUACGAAAGUGGACCUCUAAUCAUAAAGAUUUCUUGAAUAAUAUUAAACCAUCUGAUUUGUACUCAGAGGAAUUUAGGAGUUUCGAAGAAGCCUCUGAUGUCACACUUAAAAUUUUGGGACUUUUGUGGAUACCAAGUGUAGACUGCUUUACAUUUAAAGUUGCUGAAUUCGAAGAGCGGCGACUCACAAAAAGAACAAUAUUAUCGGACAUUGCACGAAUCUAUGAUCCUUUAGGUUUUCUUGGUCCUGUUACAUUCUACGCUAAGUAUCUUAUGCAGCUUCUUUGGACUUCGGGCGUUUCUUGGGAUAGCGAUAUACCUGAGGAUAUUGCCAGGGAAUGGUCGAAGUUCAAAUCUCAAUUAUCGUCUUUGUCGUCUAUUUCUAUCACUCGUCGUAUGGUCAACUCUUUUGUGUCUCUACAGUUUCACGGUUUUUGUGAUGCUUCAGAGCGUGGAUAUUGCGCUGUCGUUUAUUGUCGGUCUGUCGAUGCAAAUGGUUGUUGUUCUGUCGAAUUUUGCUGUGCAAAAACUAAGGUUGCACCUCUUCGUAAACUGUCGUUACCUCGAUUGGAGUUACAAGCUGCUGUUUUACUAGCAGACUUGAUAAAUUCAGUACUGAGUGCUUUGAAACCACUGCAUGAUAUAAAUAACAUUUUUGCUUGGUCAGAUUCUACUGUUGCUUUGUCGUGGAUAAAGUCAUGCCCAUCUAAAUGGCAGACGUUUGUAGCUAAUAGAGUAAGUCAUAUCCAAGACAUAGUCUCUCCUGAAUGUUGGCAUCAUGUUAGUACAAAUUUUAAUCCUGCUGAUGGAGGAUCACGCGGCAUGCAUCCAGCUGACUUAGUUAAACAUAAAUGUUGGUGGAAGGGGCCAGUAUGGCUAUCUGAACCUGAAGAAAAUUGGCCAGAAUCAUUGUUAAUUUUGCCAUCUUCUCAUGACGUUCAAGCAGAGCAAAAGAUUCUUUGUCUUCAAACUUCUUCUAAUGUCAACUUUGUCGAUCAGUUAUUAAAUAAAUUCUCGUUGCUAAUAACUUUGAAACGUGUAUUGUCGUUUUGUUUCCGGUUUAUUCAUAACUCGCGUCGAAGCAGUUCAAAUGAAAAAAAUGUUGGUCCUUUAUUGUCGUCUGAAACGAAUAAAUCUUUUAUGUAUUUAAUUAAAUAUGUCCAGCAAACUACCUUUUCGAAGGAAAUUGAUAAUUUGAAAAGAAACCGUUCGAAUUUACUUCCUAAAAGCUUACGUAAAUUGUCGUUGUUCCUCGAUGUUGCGGGACUUUUGAGGGUGGGCGGACGACUGGCUAAUGCCAAUGUAAAUUAUAAUGUCAAGCACCCCCUUCUCUUACCUCGCGAUCAUCGCCUAACUCAUCUCAUAAUUGAUGAUUGUCACAAAAAGUUUAUGCAUCCUGGUGCACAAACACUUCAGAAUAUACUGGCGCAAAAUUUUUGGAUUCUGUCACCUAAGAGAGCGAUUCGAUCUGUCAUAGCAGGUUGUAUGAAAUGUUUUCGGGCUAAGCCUCAGCCGGCUCCAGCCCCUCUUAUGGGCAAUCUGCCCGCUUAUCGUAUCAAUCAAAUUAAACCUUUUUCAAAUGUUGUCGUUGAUUACGGCGGUCCUUUUGAUAUUGCGUUAGGUCGUGGUAGGGGCGUAAAGACCUAUAAAGGCUACAUUUGCGUUUUUGUGUGCACUGCCACCAAGGCCAUUCAUCUAGAGCUUGCCUCAGAACUUACAACUGAAGCCUUUUUAGCCGCAUUAAAAAGAUUUAUCGCACGAAGAGGUCGUUGUAGCCAUAUUAUAUCGGACCAAGGAAGAAAUUUCGUUGGUGCUAGUAACUAUCUUGCUUCGAUCAUGAAAGAGAUUUCAGAAUCUCAAGAAAUAAAAUUUUCGUUAAGCCCACCUGGUAGCCCGCAUUUUAAUGGGUUGGCUGAAGCUGGAAUAAAGUCUGUCAAGGCUCAUCUGGUUCGGGUUAUUGGUCUUCAAAGAUUAACCUUUGAAGAAUUUUAUACAAUUUUAACUCAGAUAGAAUCAAUGUUAAAUUCUCGUCCUCUGUCGCCACUCAGCUCUGAUGCUAACGAUUUUUCAGUGUUAACCCCAGGCCAUUUCUUGACAUUGGAACCUUUGUCGACUAUUCCGGAAGAAAAUAUAACCAAUCAAACUAUUAGCAUCCUUCAGCGAUGGAAGCUAGUUAAAAAAAUCCAUCAGGACUUUUGGCGUAGGUACCAACGUGAAUAUAUACACACGCUUAACCAAAAGGCUAAAUGGGAUAAAAAUUAUACUAAUAUAGCUAUCGGUACAUUAGUACUAAUUGUAAAUGAACAAUCAAUUCAUUUACAAUUAGUACUAAUGAUUGAAUGA